AUGAAGCCAGAAAAGAGCGAUCAGACAGAUGAGGGCUAUGUGGAACAACGAUUCGAAGAGCCAUUGUUUAUGAAAGAUUGGAGCGAUGAUCGUAAAGCAGAGUUUGCUUACCAAAUACUGCUAUGCAUACCACUAUCAAAGACAGCAAAAGUAGUAGAUAGAUUAGCACCCUUGCUUCGUCGAGAUUUCACAGCAAUACUGCCUUAUGAGAUAGCAAUACAGAUACUAUAUUGUCUAGAUCUCACAUCAUUGACAUGUAUGUCUAGAGUAAACAAGCGUUGGAAUCAGAUAUGCGAAGAUCAGACCCUAUGGCGAUCUUUGUUUUAUGCUUCUGGAUGGUCAGCAAAUCAGGCUGCUAUUGAUCGCUACUUAUCAUCAACAGCAACACCGUCACCCAACGAAUCAAUUCAACAAAUAAUGCCACAGAAAACAGUUUCAAGUAUACCAUUAGCAAGAACAACUGCUAGCUUAUAUGAUCCAGCUGCGCUUCCUACAAUGCCUGGUGCUCCAACAAAUAGAUUGAAGCCAUUCAAACGUUCAACAGACCUGUUCUUUGACAAAAUUUUACGGCAUAAUAGCAGCAACAAUGCUUCAAGCAGCAGUAACAAUACUUACAGAUCAAACAACAGACAUAUCGAGGAUGGCGUUGGGAGUAGCAGCGUGGCACUACGACCAACCCAUGUGCAUCCAUCUAGGUCACAGCCUCUGUUAACUAGACCCUCCACUAAUACAAAUCGAGAAGUCAUUUCACAUGUUAUUGUAGAACGACCCUUUAUUAAUCGACCUUCGCCGCGACUACAUGCUAAAUACGAUGAAGCUGCUAUAUAUCACUAUCAUGAAGAAUCAGAUUUACGAUUUAUCAAUUGGAAGCGACUGUAUCGUAACCGCCGUUUGAUAGACCACAGGUGGCAAGAUGGAAAAUGCAAAAUGCGGCCUUUCCCACCAACACACCAUAUUAACGGCAUGCUUUUAUUUGAAGAUGUUCAACACAAUAGCGGCAUUUAUUGUCUGCAAUUUGACAAUAAUCUUCUGGUGACAGGGAGCCGUGAUAGGAAUCUCAAAAUGUGGAAUAUGAAAACAGGACAACUGAUACAUACAUUGGAAGGCCAUACAGGCAGUGUCUUAUGCUUGCAAUUUGAUCAUCGCUAUUUGAUCAGCGGAAGCAGUGACAGUACCUUGAUCAUUUGGGAUAUCAUUUCUGGUGAAAAAAUCAAAACAUUAACUGGCCAUGGCGAGAGUGUUCUCAACGUCAAGCUACUCGAAAACACCAUCGUCAGUUGCUCGAAAGACAGAACUGUGCGUACUUGGGAUUUGGAAAAAGGGAUCUCGAAAUUGACCUUUAGAGGCCAUCGCGCUGCAGUGAAUGCGGUGCAAUUCAAGGGAGACCGUAUUGUGUCAGCAUCUGGCGAUCGUACCAUCAAGAUAUGGGACAUGAAUACAGGAGAGUGUUUGAAAACCCUCGAUUCUCAUAGCCGAGGCAUCGCUUGUGUCGAAUACGAUGGACAAUACAUUGUUAGUGGAUCAAGUGAUCAAUCCAUCAAAGUCUGGGACGCAAUCACUGGUGAAUGCAUCCAUACGUUGCUUGGACAUACAGAUCUAGUCCGCACAUUACAGCUGAACUCAAAGACCAAGACUAUCGUGAGUGGUAGUUAUGAUGGCAGUCUAAAGAUCUGGAAUUUAGAGGAAGGCAAAGUGACAAGGACAUUAAACCAGACGUUGCAUGGAAGAAUCCUGAAUCUACAAUUUGAUUUUAGCAAAAUUGUGUGCUGCUCAAAUCUCGGUAAAAUUGUCAUGUACGAUUUUACGCAUGGCAUGGAUACCCAAUUCCUAUUGUAA